GGGAGCACUGUGGCGAUUAGGCACAGAAACUGCUGCCCACAGGGUCCAGCGAGACAGCACCCUGCAGCCUUCUUACUGGCCCAUGCUCAAUAUUUAACCCUGGAGGAUCUCCAAGAAGUUGUCUAGGUGCCUGUGACCCUUGCUCUUGCCUCCUGAUUCCAGCCUGGUAAUUACCUCUGAUCUCUAACCCCAGCCUGACUCUGACUCCUACUUACUGAUCCUGUUUUUAGUGAUUACUCUGAUCCCUGCUUAUUGACUGCAGCCUUGUGACUUGUGGACACCAGCCCAGCUGUGACUGCUAGGCCAGAUCAUGUAGGCCCUGGUCCCUUAUGCAGUUAUGGCUGAGAACUCCAAGAGGAUAAGUGAGGUUCCAGAAGAUUGGAGAAGGGCAAACAUAACUCAUCUUCAAAAAGAGGAGCAAAGAGGAUCUGGGGAAUUAAAAACCAGUCAGCCUAACUUUGAUAUCUGCAAAGCUACUGGAACAAAUUAUUAAACAAUCUAUGUAAUAGCCUGAAUUGUGCCUGACAGAGCUAAAGAACUGGCCCAAAGUUUGUUGGGAAAUGAUUACAAAGGGUAUCUUACAGAUGAACUGAAUUGUUUAACUGGGACUUCAAGUCUCUGCAGGUCUCCUGUUCUCACUGAUCCUACUCCUAUUGAACUGUACAGCAAAACUCCCACUAAUGUUAAGCACCGGACCAGCUCCUUGAAUCAUCAACCCUGAAGACCCAGAAUCCCCUGCAGGAGGCCAGAAUCUAGCAGCCUGUCUGACCAGUGCGGAAGAAGGCUCCUUUAUUAACCCCUUGACAGGAUGUCCGCGAUUUGAUGAUAUUGACUGCUGAUCAUGGCUUUCAGAAAUAUGAACCGAAGACGUCACAUUGGACUUCAGCAGCUUUCAUCUUUAACAUCAAUAGGAAGAACACUUUUAGGGCCAGUAAAAUCAUAUAAAUUUAUUGUAGAUGAAAGCACCAGUGAGGGUGUUUUGACUUGUUCUGCAGUUAGACUUCUUGAAAGUUUGGAUUUAACUAGUGCAGUGGGACAGCUUCUUAAUGAAACAAUUCAGGCACAGAACAAAGAAUAUAAAACUGGAAUGACUACCCUGUUGUUUCUUGUUGGUGCAUGGAGCAGUGCUGUACUUGAAUGCCUUCAGCAGAAUGUUCCUUUUUCACUAAUAGUAUCUGUGAUGUCUGAAGGAUUGAACUCUUGCAGUGAAAAAGUCCAAUGUCUUCAGCUAUCAGUACAUGAUUUAUAUAAAGGGCCUAAUUCUGUUCCCAUUCACUUCCCUUCUAGCAGUCUGGGGCCCCAAAUUAUUGAAACUAAAACUCCUGGUAUUGGAGCUAACCGUUUUUUAAAUCCUCUUCUGCAUAUUAUUAAAGAGGUUCCUGUAUCUAAAGAAGAAAGUGUUCCUGAAGGCCUUCAUUCUCAUCAAACAAGCCCUAGCGAUCCUCAUAACAGAUGUUUGAAUUCACAUCUAUGCCCUACAGACUAUAUAACAGCCUCAUUGGUUGAACCAGUGGGCAAUAAAACUAUGCCUACAGUUCCUGGAAGCAGUUUGAUUGCAUCCAGCUAUAUCAAAAGAACAAGAUUAACUCAUAGUAGAUACUUUAACACUCCAGGAAAAAAACAUUGUUCACUCCAAGUAGACAAUUUUGGGGGUCCUCCCACUGGGCCUGCAGCAUGGCCUUAUGAAUUUAAUGAUUUUGGACAGUUGGCAAUGGCUCUUAGCCAUGGGAAUCAGUCUAGCAUGAAAUUGGUACAGGAUAUUGUCAGAUGCCAACAAGAAGUAGCUGAUCACACAGGUUCUUCUCAAUUUAAUAUUGCAGAAGUUGUGACAUGCUGUUUACCAGGAUUGUCUGAACAUUAUUCUUGUGUGUGUCCAGGGUAUAUCACUUUAGUAUCACCAGAGAAAGCCACUGUUACCAAGCAACUUCAGGAUAGACCGCUUCAGAUUCUUCUUGUAGAUGGUGAUCUAACAGAAAAGUAUCGUCACUUGGGAUUUAAUAGACCAUCAAAUGUCAGAACAAUAUCGGAAAAUGUAGGUUUACAAGAAAGUAGCUCAGAAAGUUUAUGGAUAAAUUGUGUGUUAGAUAUUUUAAUACAAGCAAAAGUAAAUUUAGUUUUGGUAAAAGGAAAUGUGUGUGAAAGUUUAAUGGAAAGAUGCAUCCUGAAUAACAUAUUGAUAAUCAAUCCAGUAACUCUCAAUGUGCUACAUGCUUUUGGGAAGGGCACAGGAGUGCAGCUGGUGACAUACCUUUCCCAGGUAAAUAGUUAUUGUGUGGGUAGCAGUGUCUGGGUGGAUUUCUGGAGAACUGGUGACUUGAGCACAAUGGAAUUGGAUAACAAAGUGCCAAUCAGUAUAAAGACUGAAGGAAUUCAUCUGGUAACAGCUGUGCUUAGUAGCACAGUAACUUCAAAGAUGCAAAUCACUGAAGAUCAGUUCUGGACUUGUGCUUAUCGCCUGCAUCAUGCUCUAACUGACCAGAAAGUUUUUCCUGGAGGUGGUGCUGUUGAACUGUUGUGCCUCAGUCAUCUAAAGAAGCUUGAAGAACAAUCUUUAAAGCAACCAGAUAAAAAACCUUCAGGGGAUUUUUACAUGUCGUCUUGUUGGCUGACAAAAUCAUUGACACAGUAUAAACCAGUUGUACUUAAAGCUCUGGCAAGUGGUUGGCAUCAGUACCUUUCAAGAGUCAUGUGUAACACUGCUCAUUAUGCAUCAGAGUUUGAAGCAAGCGCUUCCAUUGAGCAUCAUCUCAAAAAAGCAGCAGACUAUGGUUCUCCUUCAGCAUAUAUUCUGAAAGAGUUCAAUAAAGGAGAUAAGCUCAUGGUGGAUUUUGGUCUUUCAACUAAACCCGAGGAGGCUGUAAAGGUAUAUGACAAUGUUACACCCAAGGUGGAGGCAUGGCGUAGAGCUCUAGACUUGGUGCUAUUAGUGCUUCAAACAGAUGCUGAAAUUAUCACAGGUCCUAAAAGAAAUCAGUUAUUAAAUUCACAUGUAUCCAGUGAGUUCAUAUUUUUAUAGGACUUGGUAGGCUUUAUGUAGGACUCUGACUCAGUGGGUGGAAAAUUUGCAGGUACACGGUGUUUGUACAGCUAUAAAGCAAACUUUUUAGGGUUAUGCCAAUGAUAUUUACCAAUAAAAUUCAGCACAUGGAUGUAGAGACAAACUAGAUAGUGCUGUAGCUUUUAAUUUCUAGAAAUGGAGUUUGCAUCUGGGUAUCCAUCCAAUCUACACUGUGACAAGGUCAAACUGAUGCAUGAGAGAAGUAUGAAGCUGCUAGGUGGAGAUACUAAUGGAAUUGAGCUCACUGUCUCUAAGCAACAAUCCUGCCUGUUUGUUCCCAUGCUCUCUCUACUAACCCUCCUCCCCACUUCUUAUGCUAUGUUGGAUAGGAAGCAAAAAAUAUAGCUCCAGACUCUUCAGGUGGAGAGAAAAGGUUGAAAUUUGGUCUGGGUUUCGGGCAUGUUUGUGCUUUGCAAAACAAUGGCAGGGGCAGCUGAGGGCUUCAUCCACAGAUUUCCCUUUAGUCAGUUCUUGCCCUUAUUCACCUACUACAGCAGAGUAACACCCUCCUGUCUCAACUGCUGGUUUUGUGGGUGUUCUGUGAGGGGCUUUGCUUGGUCUACCCUCAUUUCUUAUUUCUAGUGGUUUUUUUCACAUAAGAAACUUCAAGUCUUGUCUACUCUGUUCCUGGAAGACCUUAGAUGACUCAAAUACUAAUGAGAUUGGCAUCACAAGUAACAAAUGUUUUUAAUUGCCCUUUUUUUGUGUGACCAUCAUUUCCCCAAAUGCCUGAUGCUGUUGAGAGGGAUGAUUCAACACUUCACCCCUUUAGCUAAGGGUUGAGAAAGCUCCUUCUCUGUUUCUCUGGACGUCUAUGAAGAGCUCAACCAAAAACAGGGAAGAGAAGUCUUUAUGCAAAAAGUACAAUGAGGAAAACCCUACAUCUUGUGCCUUCUGUGUGGAUGAGGAAAUAGGCACUCUUUCUUUGCAGGUCCCAUUCUGAGUGCUUCAGAGACUAGCUAUUGUCAGUUGAGGGGAAAUCUGCUCUUUGU